GUUUAGGGUUCCCAGGUAAAAAAAAAAAAAAAAAAAAAAAAAGAGAAAGAAAGAAAAUCCGAGAGAUGCUUCCGUCGCUUGGGAAAACAAACAGCUACCCAGACACUUAAAAAAGAGAGAAACAACGAGCGGUGGCCAGAUGCAGGCAUCUGGUGAAAGAAUGAAUGCUGAUGACUGCAAUGGAUGCUCUUAUGCAUCAGGCAAUGGCAAAGAGUCAUCCACGGAGCAGGACUUUUACUGCCCAAACAGUCAAGAGUCCACCCAUUGCUCCUUCACUGCACACUCCAUCAAGGUGGAGCUGUGCAGUGAAGAUGAAUCACCACAGCCCGACAACAGAGGGGCUGUCAGACAUAGUAGCUGCGGGGAUGGCAGAACAGAGCUGACAGAAGAAGAGAGUGGAGGGCACACUGGGGUCGGACAAGGUAAUCUUUACAGUGAGAUGACCACUUCAAAUCCUGCUUCCCCUGGACCCAUUCGGCUUGCCAGUGGAAAGCUCCAAUGUGAGGUGUGCGGGAUCGUUUGCAUUGGACCCAAUGUGCUGAUGGUGCACAAGCGAAGCCACACGGGUGAGAGACCUUUUCAGUGUAACCAGUGUGGGGCUUCCUUCACCCAAAAGGGCAACCUGUUACGCCACAUAAAGCUGCAUUCUGGAGAGAAACCUUUCAAAUGCCCCAUUUGCAGCUAUGCUUGCCGGCGAAGGGACGCCCUGGCUGGACAUCUACGCACACAUGCAGUGUCUUCUCAAUUAGGGGGAAAACCUUUCAAGUGCAGCUACUGUAGUCGCAGCUACAAACAGCAGAGCACAUUGGAGGAUCACAGAGGACGCUGCCACAGUUUUCUAAAGAGCCAGGACCAGCAGGCAGCCAUCAACACACAGGCAGUGCAACAGGGUGUCGAGUCGCUAACUAUUGACCAAAUGACCAAACCUGCACACGAACCAUCCAAUGAGAAACCACACUUUGUAGAGAGAUUAGCCGUUAGCAUCACCAAACGAAAGAGGUCGACGCCACAAAAAUUUCUUGCUGAAAAGCACAUCCAUCUUGACCUGCCCGAAGCACCUUAUGAUUUGUCCUCUGGUUCAGAGAGGGAAGGAGAGCAUUUGACCCCUCAGCCAGCUGCUGAGUGCACUAGAUUGGGUGAGAAACAACUGCAAGACUCCAGGAGGAAAGGGGAGAACCCUGCGCUGUCUCAGCUCCACCCUGCCUUCUUGUCUGAGCUACGCACAGUUAUGAGGGCCAUCCACAGCAAUGUUCCUCCUCAAGAAGUCCCGAGCGGACUCACAAUGGUGCCUCUCGGCCUGUCGGGUCAAGAAGCAGGUGAAGGGUGUGAAGGUCACCCCUCAGUUCAUGGCCACACCACCUCAACCAACGGAUGUCCUGACUCUACAGACACAGAGAGCACAGCUGAAGAGCACAGCACAAGGGCUGCAGCACAAAUAAGUACCUCCACCAACAACCAGCACCUCCCCGACCAAACCCUUGGACUGCCCCACAGCCUUCCCACCUCCAGCCCCAGCCAGGCCAAAGAGAUGGACACAGAGUGGGACAGGGUGUGUCCUGCUCCUCCCAUCCCUGUGAAAAGGAGCGGCGGCUCACCGUUCCCAUCCAGAGAAACAGUGCAGGUGCUGGACAGGGAUGGCCAGCGCCUACGCUCCUUCCACUGUCGCCACUGCCACAUCCUCUUCCUGGAUCACGUCAUGUUCACUAUUCACAUGGGCUGUCACGGCUUCCACCAACCCUUUGAGUGCAACAUCUGUGGCCACCGCAGCCGGGACCGCUAUGAGUUCUCCUCGCACAUCAGCAGAGGAGAGCACCAGGUGCCCUGAGCAGAGCGGGUAAGAGUGAGAUGAGUGGACGUGACUGUUUUCCUCAAAGCGUUGUGGGCUCAUGUUUGUUCUGCACCAGAUCAUAUUUUGAAUCCCCAGUGUAAAAGUUAGAAUUUGAGGUUUUUUUCUGAUGUUAUCUAUUUCACGAGAGCAGAGAGCAGCAUUUAAAAGUUCAUGGCGGCAAAUGACAUACUACGAUUGAUUGCACUCUCUUAUUAAAUCAUCUGGCAAAAUGUGAUUUUGCUUCAAAAGUGCCUUCUUGGGGGGAUUCCCCCCAUACUGAAAAAAAAAAGAGUGGGAACAGGUGCUGACAAAUCUUGACUAGCCAUCUUUUCCUACGAUUUAAGUUGCUUUAUGGAGUACUGGUGUGCACAGGUAGUAAAGAAAGCAACGUGUUUACAUUUUAAGAAUUGCAUUUGGAGUGCUUAGGAUGCACUAUUUUAAUGGUUUUCAAAGUGUGAGGCAGGCUUCCUCUGGGGGGCGACAGUAGACUUCAAGGGAGGCACAGCAGCUUGAGAAAAAUUUGUAAAAAUCCAUUCAUUUUCAAACCUGCUGAGGUAACUUCAGUUAUGUUUAAAGGCAAAAUGAAUUUGUUGUAAUUCUUAUGGUGAGAGAGUAAACAGCCGUCUGGUGUGAGCAGAAAAUGCCACAGGCUUUGCUCCAGGAAAUCAGUUUUUCAGGUAGUAGUGGAGACCCCAAAUGCAUUAUAUUCUCGGAGGGAAGAUCACUGUACCAUACUUUGAAAACCCUGCACUAUGAGAUUUGUUUUGGUGGUGCAAGAUGGUGUCAGGUAAGCUUCAUAUGCACUGAGAGAGUUGUGCCUAUAGGUUUUGGGGGAGCUUUUGUCAGAGGAGAAAAGCUGAAAAGGACUGCCUUAACUAUGUCUUGUUUACAGUAUGUGAAAUCACAAACAAGAAUAUUUGCAACUGUGUACGGAGCCUGACCCAGGUACAUAGUGGGAAUUCUGUGAAACGAAGCUAAACCGUGAAGGUAGAGUAGCUUUUCUCUUGCAUUAAAUGCAAGGCUCGGAUAUAGAAUUAUGGAUUUUAAAGUGAGCCUUAGAAUACUGGUGCAGAUCAGACCAUGAGCCAUGAGGUGUACAAGAAGAACCCUGACCAUGUUGGCCCAGGUUUGCUUUUACCUUUACAGGAUUGCACCUGUAGAUUAUCUGCUUUAUAUAUGAAAAUGUCUUUGCCGAAGCACUUGAUGGCUUUUACUUUGUUGUGAUUGUUCUGCUGCACUGAAACUACUGCUGUAUACUCACAAUGAUCGGCCAUUUAAUUUGUAACAGUCAGCCUUUCUCAGAUUCCCACGGUGUUGCACUCGCUGUCGCACUCAAGUUGCUGCACUGACUGAAUUUGAUAUCAUUUUAGCUUAUGAGAUGCUGAGACUAAGGGGAACUUAAUUGGAAUCAAGACAAAUGUUUAGAAAUCAAGUCAGUUGGGUUAUAGUGAAUAUUUAAUGUUGCUUGUUUCAGCCGUGGUGUAUUUAAUCAGCUAUAUUCCAAAUCUUAUCCAGCAUAUUCCUCACGAGAUAUGUUACCUCCUGCUUCUUUAUAGCACCCAAAUACCUUAUUGCUACAGUACAGUGACAUUUCUGUUAUUCUUGAUUUUGGGAACACGUAUGAGACCAAACUCAGUAUUCUCAAUUUGUUAUUGUGGGUUUGCUGCUUUAAUAGUUGAACUUCCUUUCUUUGUAGAAUGUACUUGAGAUGGUUUGACAAAAAAUUACAAAACGAAACUGCACUUGGUUUGUGAAAGAAAGAGAGACACGUGCGUGAAUGGAAUACAGCAUGUGUGCUUGUCGCCACUCUGCUUCUACCUGAAUUGUGAAACUAUUUUUCAAAAUGUGAAGUGAAGAAGUGAAAAAUGAGGCAUGGAUUUGUGUGUCUUUGUGUGAUCUUUUAAUGUUAUAUGAUAUUUUGUGAGUGAUGUAACAUGACAAAACACUUUACCUCAAAGUUCAACUUGUUUAACUGCCUCAUUACUUCAAAAAGUCCUGUUGCUUUCCAAGAUGUUCCUGCAGUUACAAAUGCGUCGCCCUCGUUAUUCUGGAAACUUUUUACUGUUAAUAAAGUUAAGUUUAUUGAUAAAAUGAUUCCCCUUACUUUCAUCAAAGUGCAUGUUCUCUGAAAAUGAACUAUGCGCUGAUGUUUUGAGUGUGCCC